ACUAUAUAAGCAGGACGGUACCACCAGGACAUUUACUGCAGUGAGCAGAUUCAUCUGAGCAAAUUCCACUUUAGUUCAUAGAGCUAACCCUAAGUAAAAAUGGCCUUCGCCGGAAUUCUCAAUGAUGCUGACAUCACUGCAGCCCUGGCUGCUUGCUCAGCUGCCGACUCCUUCAACUACAGGGACUUCUUUGCCAAGGUCGGCCUGGCUGGCAAAAGCGCAGAUGACAUCAAGAAGGCCUUUGCUGUCAUUGACCAGGACAAGAGUGGCUUCAUUGAGGAGGACGAGCUGAAGCUGUUCCUGCAGAACUUCUCUGCUGGUGCCAGGGCUCUGACUGAUGCUGAGACCAAGGCGUUCCUGAAGGCCGGUGACUCUGAUGGUGACGGCAAGAUCGGAGUUGAUGAGUUCGCUGCCCUGAUCAAGUCCUAAAUGAAGACUUGAAUCAUCAGCUGACUUCUCUGAAUGGAACAACUUGAGUUAUUUCUCUCUUUUUCCCAAACACUCUUUCUUCAUCUCACAAAGCAAAAGAUUUUAUACAAGUGACCCUUGAUCUCGGGUUUUGCUGCCCUUUAUGCUGCCAUGAUGAAUGUACCUGAUUUAGUGUAAGACAUGGUUGACUUUUGUCUUUUUCUCUCUCUUUCUCACUUCUGUCGUCGUUGUACUGUGAGUGUCUUAAGGUGAUGUACUUUGUGACAAAUGGACGGACGAUGAGACUAAAUUAAAGGCUCUUUUUCAGUAA